AUGGCGCGGCCGGCCGUGCCCAGCUCUCAGAAGGCGCUGCUGCUGGAACUGAAGGGGCUCCAGGAGGAGCCGGUGGAGGGCUUCCGAGUCAGCCUGGUGGACGAGGGGGACCUCUACAACUGGGAGGUGGCCAUCUUCGGGCCGCCCAACACCCACUACGAGGGUGGCUACUUCAAAGCUCGUCUCAGGUUCCCCAUCGACUACCCUUAUUCACCACCUGCCUUCAGAUUCCUGACAAAAAUGUGGCACCCUAACAUAUACGAGACUGGAGAUGUUUGCAUCUCCAUCCUUCACCCACCGGUGGAUGACCCGCAAAGUGGGGAGCUGCCUUCGGAAAGAUGGAAUCCUACCCAGAACGUGAGGACAAUCCUCCUCAGCGUGAUCUCGCUGCUCAAUGAACCAAACACAUUCUCUCCGGCCAACGUUGAUGCUUCUGUGAUGUACAGGAAGUGGAAGGAGAGUAAAGGGAAGGAUCAGGAAUACACAGAUAUCAUCAGGAAGCAAGUCCUCGGGACCAAGGUAGAAGCCGAGCGAGACGGGGUGAAGGUUCCCACCACGCUGGCCGAGUACUGCGUGAAAACAAAGACUCCCGCGCCGGACGAGGGCUCCGACCUCUUCUACGACGACUACUAUGAGGACGACGAGAUGGAUGACGAAGUCGACAGCUGCUAUGGCGACGAGGACGACUCCGGCAACGAGGAAUCUUGA